AUGGAGAUGCACGGAAGGUGGAAAAACUUGGUGAAGCAUCCGAAAAGGAAAACUCAUGUGCAGGACAUACCCCUGGUGAUUACUCUCCAUACAGUGACCACCAAUCAGUACAACGCCUUGCGCGAUAAAAAUUUUAUUAAACGCCACGACAACGGUACUGCCAUGGUGGGCAGCAGUGAGCAGAAGAAGAAGCAGGAGGAGCAGACCAAGCAGCAGACGCACCAGACACACCUGACGCAGGCGAAAACGCUGCGAAAUGCAAAACAGAGGAACACCUGA